AUUAUUUACAUUUGCGUAUUUUGAAGUAAAUUAUUGCCAGUGCUGUUUGACGCAGACUUACCAUUGCGCAGUAUCACGUGAUUAACUUUCCAUUACCUUUGAGUUCACGAGAGCGACUUAAGGCAACGACCGAUAUCUGCGAACUAUUCUCCUAUAUUUUUUUACAUUUCUAAUGACUUUGGACGCGUAAAGGGUUCAUUUAUGCUUAUUAUUUGGUAUUAUAUUACGGUAAAACGAAUAUUAUAUUACGGUAAAACGGUCAAGUAACUGAACACGACAGUUUAUGUUGCGUUUUGUUCACGUAACUAUUUUAUAAGUAGCAUAUACCCUACUGCAUUAGGGCCACGACGAAUUCAAAUGCUUUCAAACACCGAAAAAGAGCUUAUUGUACAGAUAUGGGAAAAAAUGCUUCCUGUGGCAGAAGAUAUUGGAUCUGAAGCUCUUUUAAGGAUGUUCACAACGUUCCCUAAAACAAAGACAUACUUCGCUCAUCUAGACAUCAGCCCCAGUUCAGAGCAUUUAAGGUGCCACGGGAGGAAAAUUGUUCAGGCUUUAGCCGAAGGUGCCAAAAACAUAAGCACACUUACCACUACGUUGGCACCCCUCAGCAGAUUUCACGCUUAUCAGUUAAGAAUACAUCCUACAAACUUCAGGCUUCUCAAUCACUGCUUACUUGUGACACUAGCUUGCAAUAUGGGUGAAAACUUCACCGCAGUUGCGCACGCAGCGGUGGACAAGUUUCUUUCGGCAUUCUCUGCAGUUUUAUCUGAGAAAUUCAGAUGAAGACACCCUCGAAGAACAUGAAAGGCUUCCACAAACUUACUUUAUCUUUUAUUUUACAAAAAGUGUUUUGUAAAGGAAAGUCGUUUGCUGAAUGUAAUGCUAUAUGGUGUGUGUGUAGCAAUAAAGAGCAUACAUCUAAUACACCCUCCUUAUCUCUUCUCUUAUAGCGCCCUCUGUUGGAUUGUUUAUUUGAUGUCCCUAACCCCAUAGCACACAAUGCAAUGUAUAGUUUCCAGUACAUUUUAUUUAUAUAAAGAGUACUUUUUUACAAUUGUUAAUUUAGCAGACGUGUAAUUUAAAAGAGACAUCAAAAGUAGGCUAAUGCGUUUACACAAGAGUUAUCUGUAGCAUCGUAAUGCUACUUUCAAAGAGUAAGCCAGAAUAGUAAAGAAA